AUGGAAUUACAAUAAAAAAUCCAAAAAUUGAUAGACUAGAUGAGGGAUAAUGUAAGCAAAGCGACAGGUAAAAGAAAUGAUAGUAUUGAUUACCAAUUGUUGACUGAUUUAAGGAAGAGUCAUAGAGAACUAUAUAAAAGUAUAGAAGGUAAUAGGCGUACAAAUUAAUUGGAAAAAGAUUAGUUGGACAAGUAGACAAUCAACUCUGAAUGUUUGAAGUACUCAAAAACUUAAUUGUAAUUGCAAAUAGGAUAAUUCAAAGGCUUGCAAACAAAUCAUUACAAUUAAAUUAAAAAGCAACUUGAUUUGGAGGAUAAAAAUCCAUUGGAUCAUAAUAACGAAAUCUUGCAUAAGUUGGAAACAGAAUUAGAAGUUCGAAGAGAGAAGAAGAAAAAAUAUGAGGAAAUCACAAAUGAGUUCGAACAUCUGCAAUAACACUAAGAAUAAAAGAAGUCCCAAUAUUUUCAAGUAUUGCCAGAUUUGCUUAGGUAAUCAUAAUCGCAUCUCAUACCAGCAUUGAAUAUGUUUGAAAUUCCUCAUUUAGCACUUCCAUCUCAACAGGAAUUCUUUUAAUAGUUGCCUUAACCAUUACAUUAAAUUUAUUAAAAAUUACAAACUAAAUUCAUACAAUUAGAAAUCAUUUCACAUCCAAUUGCAGAUAGCAUUUACAAAUAGUCACAAUUCGAAUUGAAGGUAACAAUAGAAUCAGGAAUAUUUGAUCAGAUCGCAUUAAAUUAUUUAGGAGUUAAGUUGGAAUAAUUUUAUGAAAAUAUAUACCCAUUUUCAUUUAGUAUUAGAUACUUUACAACAUUGGAUAAGAUUGUAUUCUAAGUAGAUCGAAAAAAUCAAAUAACAUCCGAAGAAUUGUUCUGUGGAUUAUUUUAAGGAGAUCCUGGAGAACCCAUAUUUGUUAAUGCAAAGAGUGAUGAAGAAAUUAACAUUAAUACUAAAUAUAUGACAUUCCGAUGGGCUAAAUUGUUAACUGGAUUUGAGUUGAGUGCUCAAUAGUUCUAUCUCCAAUUACAGAAAAGAAUAUACAAUAUAUAAUUAAUCAAAAUUCAAUUACAGAAAUUGUAAAAAAAUGAGUUGCUUACAAAUUUUCCUGGAAUGAAUUUUGAAUAGAAAUAUCAAUUAAAAUACUUUGGUAAUUGUCAAAUCAACGAUGACACUCCAUUUUGGUAUAAGUUUUGUUUGGGAGAGAGUUUAAUUUACAAAUAAAAUAAGGACACAACCCUAUUAGUUGAGGACAAAACCUUAUAAUCAUAUAUUUAAUUGAAUUAUAGAUUUGAAGGCCAAGCCGAACAUCUACACGACUGUUACAAAAUGGUACUAGCUAAAGAUGAUUAACAAAUAGAGAUUGGUAUCAUAGUGCCAUUAAGUUAUCCUCAACAGUCAGUACGCUACCAAAUUUUAUCUACUUAAAAUAUUAGUAUUUCUUAAUAUGAAUUUUUCACAAUUUGCAAAAAUCUGGGUAAUUGUUUAAUCGAAGGACUUUAAUUAUCAUAUCAAAUCUUAAGAAUUAUUGAAUAAUUAUCAGAGAGAAGAUAAAAGAUGUAAUAUUUUCUAAAACAUUAAUGA